AUGGCACAUCAAACCGGGGCACCCUUAUAUAUAUAUAUUAUACGUAUACGAUACACGUUCAGGGCAUCCUUAGUCGGGGUCGACCUGCUGCUGCUCGCCCAUGUGCUACUUACAGCGUACCGAAUCACGUGCGGCAGUAGCACGAGGCAGCAACCGAUGUUUACUCGAAGUCAAAAGUUGACUCAUUUGGGCAGUCCACACGUGGCGUGCAUGCGUGGACGCGUGUGUACAACACGGUCAAGGGAACAUGGUUUCCUUGGCAUAGACGGAUCCCUAGCAUAUGUUGCCACGGGUCUGUGUGUUCCCCAUCGCUGUCCUAAUAUGGAAUACUUUCAUGCAUGCGGACAAAACAGUGAAACACAGUAUGCUUGUUUUGGAGCACAAACAGUACACUUACACUUACCGAUAUGUCUCCACCGCUUGGUUAUCGCUCCAGUUUGCGUGAUGACUUUCCUUAAAGAGCACGAGGGGUUUGGAUUACCAUCAUUGCGUUGA